AUGAUAGAUGCUGGAACACUCUCCAUCAGAAAUUCGUCCAAUAAACCCAAAGACACUCAACCAAGCAUCACAAACAACCCUCUUCCAAAUCAUAAACCUGCAGUUUCUAUAAACAACAUUUCCCUCUCCCAUAAUGAAAUUGACCCGACACGAUUAAUGGAUCAAAUCAAUCCUAACGCAAACGAUAUAUUCUUCGAUGAAAACUACAAAUGUUUUAUGUACGAUUACUCCACUCAAGAGAAGGUCAAAAUUAUGCCUUACGAAGGCCUUGACAUCAUUUCAAGCAAGGACCCAUUUUCAGAUAUAUGCGCCACUCUGGAUUAUGACGGGGCAUUUUUUAUGCUAGAUUGUGAUUUGGAUGAAGAUGCUUCUUCGGUGAUGUCCAUAGUUGAAAGGAAUACUGGAGGUCACCUCACUACACCACAAAAUUUUCAACGCCCAAUCUGCCUCGACGAUCAUAGUGAUGGUGAAGAGGUAAGUGUAGCUCACUUAACUAGAGCCGGUCGUCACUUCAAACCCUCAUACCUUGAAGAUGAUAAUCCUUUAGAUGCUUUGUUGAGAAAAGAAAAAGGAAAAGGACCAAUGGCAGAAGAAACCAGUGAAGAAGAUGAUGCCAUUAAGCGCAUGAAGGAGGUUAAUUCUAACAUUUCUAUCUGGAAACUUUUGAUGCACUCACAACCUCAUCGAACUGCGGUUAUCCGACAUCUCCACGAGGCAUCAAUUGAUGCUUCUAUCACUCCCGAUCAAGUAGUGGGCCUUAUCCACGGAGUAGAUCGUACAUUAAUGUUUACAAAUGAUGAUCUUCUAGAAAAUGCCGACCACAACUAUUCUUUGCAUAUUACGGUAGAAUGCAAUGGAUGGUCUAUACUUAAGGUUCUCAUCGAUAAUGGCUCAGCAAUCAAUGUGUGCCCUUAUCGGUCCUUGAAGAAACUCGGCCAUUCAAAAGAAGAUUUGACACCCUCUAACCAGGUAGUUAAAGCAUAUGAUAAUGCCUGGAGGAAUGUACUGGGAUCGAUCGAGUUGCUUCUUGAAUAUGGUUUUGUUGCUAGAAACGUGGAGUUCGUAGUAAUUGACAUUGAGGCAUGUUUCAAUCUGUUAUUGGGAAGACCAUGGCUGCACGAAAAUAACGUUAUCGCUUCUACACUCCAUCAAAAAGUAAAGUUUCUCAGUGAUCAAGGUGUGGGAACUAUUAAAGGCGAUCCAAGCGACACUAGUAUCUCUCAUAUCGGAAAGUCAAUACUCCAUUUGGACGAAGAAGAAGAUACUCGGGUAGACGGUUUUUCAAUAUAUAGUGUCCAAGUGGAAGAUCCUGAAGAAGACUCUGAAGAAGAUCCUGAGGAAGAUUUGGCAGAAAAUAUGGAAGAAGAGCUAGGAAAUCCUGAAAAUAAUACUCAGGAUAGAGAUGAUACAGCCUGA